AAUUGUUCAGUCUCGUUCGAAGGCUCGUCACGAGUGGAUUCCCCCCGUUCGCUAGAGAGGUGUUAUCGAUUAAAGCUUGGGAAAAGCUGACGGUUCAGAAAGUGAAAGAUUCUGCACGCUUGAAGGCGCAUAUUUUUUUGCUGAUCUUUGAACUUUAGAACGGCUAAGUUCCAGCGGUUGUUCUGAUAGCCAGGGCUUUGGAGGGGAUGAGGUGUUUACGUUUGGCGCUGUUUGCCGCAGCGUUUUUAUUAUUGGGAGCAGCGGCCCGACCAGGCCGACGACAUCGUGGCGGUAGAUUGGUGCUGGAUGCUCACCAUCAGUGGAAGUACAACGAAAUUAAACGUGAUGCUAAAUGUGGAUAUGAGUCAUGCCCAGCCCCGGUCGACGGUAUGCUCAACGUCCAUCUGGUGCCGCACAGCCACGACGAUGUCGGUUGGCUCAAAACGGUCGAUCAGUACUACUACGGUAGCAGCACCAACCACCAGCUGGCCGGAGUGCAGUACAUUCUGGACUCCGUGGUAGAAGCCUUGCGCAAGAAUCCCGAACGGAGGUUCAUCUACGUCGAGUCGGCGUUCUUCUUCAAGUGGUGGGACGAACAGACGCCGGAUAUUCAGGAAGCGGUCCAGCAACUGGUGCAGGAAGGUCGACUGGAAUUCGUCGGAGGGGCAUGGAGUAUGAACGAUGAGGCUGCCUCCCACUAUCAGAGUUUGAUUGAUCAGUUCACGUGGGGGUUGCGGCUGUUGAACGACACUUUCGGGGAAUGCGGAAGACCCAGGGCUGGGUGGCAGAUCGAUCCAUUCGGGCAUUCCAGGGAACAAGCUUCAAUUUUCGCGCAGAUGGGAUUCGAUGGAAUGUUCUUUGCUCGGCUGGAUUGGCGGGAUAAAAGCAAACGAUUGGAAGAUCAAACUGCGGAAAUGCUGUGGAAAUCGAGUGCCAAUUUGGAGGAUAGUGACGUGUUCACUUCGGUGUUGUACAAUCAUUACAGCGCUCCACCAGGAUUCUGUUUCGACGUGUUGUGUAGGGAUGAUCCAUUUGUAGAUGGAAAAUACAGUGCCGAAAACAAUGUCAGGCAGAAGGUUGAUGACUUCCUAACCUUCAUUAACACUAUGGCCACGAGAUAUCGAUCAAACAACUUGAUCAUCACUAUGGGCGACGACUUUAAUUACAUGGAUGCCAAUAUGAACUUCGUAAACAUGGAUAAACUCAUUAAGUACACUAACGAACGUCAAUCAACUGGUUCGAACGUAAACCUGCUAUACUCGACUCCUACUUGCUACCUCAAAGCCGUUCACGAUGAAAACUUAACUUGGCCAACCAAGACGGACGACUUCUUCCCGUACGCUUCCGAUCCGCAUUCGUACUGGACGGGUUAUUUCACAUCUCGUCCAACUUCAAAGCGUAUGGAACGCCAGGGAAACCACUUGUUGCAAGUUUGUAAGCAACUGACAGCCCUCAACCCCACUGCCGAAGGGGAAAAACAUUUGACUGCCCUCAGGGAAGCUAUCGGUGUCAUGCAGCACCACGACGCUAUUACCGGAACAGAGAAGCAACACGUCACCGAUGACUACUCGCGUAUGCUCCAUGUAGCCUUCGAAGCCUGUGAAAUCAACACAAAUGAUGCUCUUCAGGCACUGUCCAAAAGCGAGUUGAAGUUCGAGUCGUGCAAUUUGCUCAACAUCAGUCAGUGCGAGGUUUCCGAAACUAAAGAAAACUUCGUAGUCACAUUGUACAAUCCGCUUGCUCAGGCCAACUACAAGUACGUGCGGCUGCCAGUUACAGGAAAUAGCUACGUAGUGAAAGACCACCAGGGUUUUGAAAUUCCAACUCAAAUGGUUCCUAUGCCACCGCCAGUCGCAGAUCUUUUCUAUCGAACUGGACUAUCUACGCAGGAGCUGGUCUUCCUCGCUAAUGAUGUUCCCCCGAUGGGCUAUCGAUCCUAUUACGUAACAGAAACAUAUGACGCAGUUCCACCGCAGGAAAGAAAAACUAAGAAGGACACAGUAAGCAUCGGAAACAACCUUCUCACGCUCAAUUUCGACGAAAACGGUUUCCUCAGUACGAUCAAGAUCGGCGAUGACACCCAUCGGUUACAGCAGGACUUCCUGUACUAUGAGGGUGCUUACGGAAACAACGAAGUUUUCGAGAACCGAUCAUCCGGAGCAUACAUUUUCCGACCGAACAGCACUGGACUGCAUGCUGCCCAAUCGGUUGAACUGACCGUCAUCGAGGGCGAUCAGGUGCAGGAAGUCCACCAGCGGUUCAACGAGUAUAUCAGUCAGGUGAUCCGUGUGUACGACAACGAGAUGCAGGUAGAGUUCGAAUGGAUGGUGGGUCCGAUUCCGAUCGACGAUGGCAAGGGCAAGGAAAUCAUCACCCGAUACUAUUCGGAUAUACAGUCGGAGGGUGUGUUCUGGACGGAUUCCAAUGGACGUGAGAUGAUGAGGAGGGUGAGGAACCAACGCGAGACGUGGGACUUGGAACUAAUGGAACCUGUUGCCGGCAACUACUACCCAGUGACCACGAAGAUAGCUCUGGAGGAUGACAGUCUGCGAAUGGCCGUAUUGAAUGAUCGCGCUCAAGGUGGUACCAGCAUGGAGGACGGAGUCAUUGAAUUGAUGGUGCACCGUCGACUACUGCGAGAUGAUGCGUUUGGUGUUGGAGAGGCCUUGAACGAAACGGCAUACGGAGUCGGGUUGAUUGCACGAGGCAAACACUACUUGCUAAUUGGAUCAAAGGCUCCACAGAUUACGCCUAUCCAGGUCCGGGAACGUGUCCUGCAGAAUCGCGUUAUGCUGUCUCCUUGGUUGUUCGUUAGCGAUGCAACUGAUGUGUCUUUCGAUCAAUGGCAGUCCAACUUUGUCAAUAUGUACUCGACAAUGAUAGCCUCACUUCCGGCAAACGUCAACCUACUAACGUUUGAGGCUUGGAAACAACCAGCGACUUACCUUGUUCGUUUCGAGCACUUGUUCGAAAAGAACGAAGACUCGUUGUAUUCGGCUCCCGUCACAUUGGAUCUAGAAGUUGUGUUUUCCGAAUUCGAGAUCGUCGAUGUUCGAGAAACGACGCUGGCUGCAAAUCAAUGGAAAGAGGACAGUUCUCGUCUGAAGUUCUAUGCGGAUCCUGUUCCGGUUCCUGAAGAAGUCACCCGGAAGAACACAAUAAACAAAAUGAACAGUAUGGAGGUUGAGUUGACACCCAUGGAAAUUCGUACAUUCGUAAUUCAAAUGAAUAAGAAGUGAAAUAAAAUGAACACAGUAAGAUAAAGCUCAUCAAAAUAGUCAAGUACUUUAUUAAGAGGGACACAUAAAU